UUGGCAUAUAUUCACAGGCUCCUACAAGACAAUAAUGAAAUCUUUGAAUGGCAGGUGAUAACAUAACAACAGCUCCAGUAACUGCUCAUUUAGUUAGAAAUCUAAAUUCCACAUUUUUCCCUAAGAGAGUAGUGCCGUGCUUCAGGACUUGUUGGGUGAGGUAUUAAAACAAUGGGAAAUGCAGAGAGUCAAAGUGUAGAGCAUCAAUUUUAUGGUGAGAAACAUGCUAGUUUGAGCCGAAAGCAUACAUCACGUUCUCUUCGCCUUUCAAACAAAACAGUACGCCGGACCAGACAUGCAUCCUCAGGAAAAAUUAUUCACAGAAACUCAGAAGUAAGCACAAGAUCCAGCAGUACUCCCAGCAUCCCCCAAUCAUUAGCAGACAAUUGUUUGGAGUCUUUUACUCAAGAAUCCAAUUUAGGGGAUUUUGGAAGCCCAAUCUGGGGGGACAGAAUGGAUAUGGGCUUGAGGCCAGUUUCUUACCACACUGAUUCUUCUGUCACUCCAAGCAUGGAUAGCAGUUCAGCUCUUAUGGCAGCCUCAGUACAAAGCAUGCCAGAUUCAGAAGGUGGAAGACUCUACAGAGACGAGUCAACAUAUUUGUCUGAAGUAGGUGGUAGGCAACAUUCUUAUUCAACAAAUGGGACCACAUUUUUGGAGCCUAUGACUUUCAAGAAAAAACGUUCAAAGUCUGCAGAUAUCUGGCGGGAGGACAGUUUGGAAUUUUCUCUGUCUGAUCUUAGUCAAGAACAUUUGACAAGCAAUGAAGAAAUCCUAGGAUCUCCUGAAGAAAAGGAUGGCGAAGAGACUCCAGGGAGAGAACCUAGUAAUAGUCGUCAACCCUUGGUCACAUGCCAGCGUGCCAAUUCCAUGAGUGACUUGUAUUCUCCUAAAAGUUCAACUGUUACAAUAAACGGUGGACCACGUAACAUGCUAGGAGGGUAUUGUCGGAAUAUAGGGUCUCAUAUCCCAGAUAUGGAAAACCACAAAAUGUCACCAAACACAGUGGAUAAUGUGUCGUCUUAUAGUACUUACAACACACUUCCCUGUCGAAAAUCUCAUUGCCUUUCUGAAGGAAUCAGUCACAUCAAAAUGAACCACAGCAACAGUAUGCAUGGCAGACGAGCAAAAACAACACAGGAUGUUAAUACAGGAGAUGGAAGUGAAUUUGCUGACAGUGGAAUUGAGGGUGCAACGACAGACACAGACCUCCUUUCUAGACGUUCAAAUGCCACAAACUCCAGCUACUCACCAACAACCAGCCGAGCCUUUGCUGGUAGUGACAGUGGCAGUUCUUCAACUGGAGAUGGGGCCCGUCAGGGCGUCUAUGAGAACUUUCGGCGAGAGUUGGAGUUGAGCAGCACCAAUGACAAUUUGGAUGAGGCUGGCUCUACCCUGAGUGAUGAACAGAGCAGUGGGACUUUGAGUUCUCCAGGACAGUCAGAUAUUCUUCUUACAGCUGGGCAGGGAACAGUAAGGAAGGCUGGAGCUCUUGCAGUGAAAAACUUCCUUGUCCAUAAAAAGAACAAGAAGGUGGAGUUAGCCACACGGAGGAAAUGGAAACAGUAUUGGGUUUCCCUGAAAGGUUGUACUUUAUUCUUCUAUGAAAGUGAUGGAAGAUCUGGGAUAGACCACAACAGCAUCCCAAAACAUGCAGUCUGGGUGGAAAACAGCAUAGUGCAAGCAGUACCUGAACAUCCAAAGAAAGAUUAUGUUUUUUGCCUCAGCAAUUCUCUUGGAGAUGCAUUUCUCUUUCAGACUUCUAGCCAAACAGAAUUAGAGAAUUGGAUCACAGCAGUUCAUUCUGCUUGUGCAACAGCAGUAGCACGACAACACCACAAAGAAGAUACCGUGAAACUGUUGAAAACUGAAAUUAAAAAACUGGAGCAGAAGAUUGAUAUGGAUGAGAAGAUGAAGAAAAUGGGAGAAAUGCAUUUCCUCAGCUUGUCUUCAGUUAGAGACUCUAAGAAAAAGAAAACGAUUCUUGAUCAGAUCUUUGUUUGGGAACAAAACUUAGAACAGUUCCAAAUGGACCUCUUUCGAUAUCGUUGUUACUUAGCUAGUCUUCAAGGAGGGGAACUGCCAAACCCAAAAACACUACUUGCAUUUGCAAGUCGUCCAACUAAAGAUGCAAUGGGUCGUCUUGGAAUCUUUUCAGUGUCCUCCUUUCAUGCACUGGUGGCAGCUCGCACAGGUGAAUCUGGUGUCAGAAGACGAACACAGGUAAUGUCAAGAUCAGCAAGCAAACGAAGAAGCCGGUUUUCUUCUCUUUGGGGUUUGGACACUGCUUCAAAGAAAAAGCAAGGGAGGCCAAGCAUUAAUCAGGUUUUUGGUGAAGGAACUGAUUCUGUAAAGAAAUCUUUAGAAGGAAUAUUUGAUGACACUGUGCAAGAAAGUAAGAGAGAAAAAGAAGUAACCCUCACUACUGUCCAUCCUCAUAAUCCCGACUCUGACAUGUGGGUUCAUGAGUAUUUUACACCAUCAUGGUAUUGUCUGCCAAAUAACCAGUCAGCUUUGACUGUCAUCCACCCAGGAGACACAGCAAGAGAUGUCCUGGAAAUGAUUUGCAAGGCACAUCAGUUGGAUUACUCAGCUCACUAUGUCCGUCUCAAAUUCUUCAUAAGAAACCAAAUGGAAUAUUACAUACCAAAGCCAGAAGAAGAUAUUUAUGAAUUGUUAUAUAAAGAAAUUGAAAUCUGUGAGAAAAUUACACAGCAAAUUCAUCUUGAAAAAUCUGACACAUUGGAUAAUUAUGGUUUUUCUCUAUCCUCAAUAGAAGAAGAAGGGAUUCGUCGUCUCCACAUCAACAGUGUCAAAGAAACAGGUCUGGCUUUUAAAAAAGGUCUGAAAGCAGGUGAUGAAAUUGUUGAAAUCAAUAAGAAGGCUGCUGAAGACCUGAACUCAGCCAUGUUAAGAGAUGUUCUUGUUCAGCCUUCUCUGUGCCUUAUUGUACAGACUUAUCCCGAGAAAGAGGCAGGCCAGAAUCGAAUACACUUACCACCUCGGCGGAUAGAUGAUUCUUUUGACUCGACUGACAGUCCAUUAAAAUCUGUAUGCAGCACCCAAGGACCCUUGCUCAGCACUGAUCAAGACAACUGUAUUGAGGUAUCUGUAGAAGAGACAGAAGUGAACAUCUUGGAAUCCUCUGAAGACAGUGAUAAAACAAGCAAGAGUACAGAACAGGUUGCUGCUUUUUGUCGCAGUUUUCAUGAGAUGACUCCAUCUGACCCUAAUGUGACCCUUCAGGAAUCUACUGGACCUCAGCAAUCCACUACAAGACAGCUAACUGAUGCUGAUAAACUGCGCAAAGUUAUUUGUGAACUGCUUGAAACAGAAUGCACAUAUGUCAAGGAUUUAAAUUGUCUAAUGGAGAGAUACCUGAAACCACUACAAAAAGAAACUUUCCUUACUCAGGAAGAGCUUGAUGUUCUCUUUGGGAAUCUGACUGAAAUGGUGGCAUUUCAAGUAGAGUUUUUGAAAACGCUUGAAGAUGGAAUAAGAUUGGUGCCAGAUCUGGAAAAGCUUGAAAAAGUUGACCAGUUUAAAAAAGUGUUGUUUUCCUUGGGUGGGUCCUUCCUGUAUUAUGCUGACCGUUUCAAGCUGUAUAGUGCCUUCUGUGCAAGCCACACCAAGGUUCCAAAAGUCCUAGUGAAAG